AUGGCUGCCCCUGGCAAGAAAAUCGCGUGCGUUGUGGGUGCUACCGGAAAUCAAGGAGGUUCCGUCGCCCGCCGCUUCCUCGAGGCCGGCUUUCACGUCAAGGCCCUCACCCGCAACACCACCUCGGCGGCGGCCACCAAGCUCGCCGAGCAGGGCGCCGAGCUUGUCUCUGUCGAUCUGGGAGAUGUCGAGACGCUGAAGCCCGCAUUCGCGGGAGCCAACGUCAUCUUCAGCGUCACCAACUACUGGGAGCCCUUCUUCCGUCCCGAUUGCCGCGCCGCCGCCGAACAGCAAGGCGUGUCCUGUCGCGAGUACGCCGGGGAGGUUGAGCGCCUGCAGGGCAGAAACAUUUCGGAUGCCGCCGCCUCGACUGUCGCGUCGCUCGACUCCAAUGGCUUCCUGGCGUCGACCUUGAGCCACGCGGAGAGGUGCAGCGGCGGCAAGUUCAAGGACCUCUAUCACUUUGACGCAAAGGCAGACAUCUUUCCGACAUAUGUCCAGGAGAAGUAUCCCGAGCUCGCAGCGAAGAUGUCGUGCAUCCAGACGGGCUUCUUUUACACGAGUUUCAACAUCUUGCCAAACUCGUACUUUGGAAAGCAAGCCGACGGCAGCGUAGAGAUGGCCUUCCCGACUUCGCCAAGCAAGGCCGUUCCGCAUUUUGACCCUGUCGGCGACAUGGGCAACUUUGCCUACGCCGUGUAUCAAAUGCCGGCAGGCAAGGCGUACAUGGCCGCCGGAACGAUCAGUACCUGGCCCGAGUUCCUCGCAGCCUGGAGCAAAGUCUCGGGCUAUCCUGUGAAAUACAGAGAGAUCACGACGGAUGAAAUGGUCUCCGCGACUCCGGAUAGGGAGUGUGGAAUCGAGGUGGCGGCCAUGUUUGCAUACUCGUCCGACCCAGGUUACGACGGUGCCAUGGACCUGCUCACGGCCCAAGACAUACGCAAGGCUGGAAUUGAGUGCCCGAUGACGACCUGGCCAGAAUGGGCGGCCAGACAAGACUGGAAGGCCAUCAUGGAGCGCUUGGGGUAG